GCACGGCGCGAGCCUGGCUCCGUGGAUACGGCCGUUUCUGGCGUUCCGCUGGAGCCUGGCCGCGAGGGCUCUUCUGCAUGCGCACAGCCUGGCUCGGAGGGUAGAGCAGGCAACCAAACUGAUGGACCCUGCAUGCGGUGAGCCUGGCUCAGCCCCGUGCAGGACACCAAACACGCCCUAAAGGGCAAAGGCCACUCGCCCAUUCGCGAGGGGAGAGGAGGAAAGGUACAGCACGAGAGCACCUUGUCGGAGGGCCGCCGCCGCCACUGCGUUGAGUUGAGCUUGAGCUUGGACGACGCCUUCCGUUCGCCUGCUGUUUCUGUUUCCGGUGAGCUAGCUGAGGAAUGGCGGCGGAGAAGCAGGAAGAGCGGGCCGCCGCCGCCAUGGUCGGGCGCGCGCCGGCGAGGGAGAAGUCCAGCUUCGCCGUCACGUGCGGCCUGCUGAGCCAGUACCUCAAGGACAAGAAGGGCGGCGGCCUGCAGGGCCUCGGUGGCCUCGGCAUGGCGCCGCCGCCGCCCGCAGCGGCAGCUUUCCGGCCGCCGACCACCAUGAACUUGCUGUCCGCGCUCGACGCGCCGGCGGCCGAGGGGCCAAACGACGCGGCGAAGGCCACGCCGCCCGAGGAGGCGGAAGGGCACGAUCAAAAGACCGCCGAAAAUCCAAGGGAGGCGGCGGCAGCAGCAGCCGGGGAGGACGAGCCGCAGCAGCUGACCAUCUUCUACGGAGGAAAAGUGGUCCUCUUUGACAAGUUCCCGCCCGCCAAGGUCAAGGACUUGCUGCAGAUCGUGGACGCUGGCGGCGACAGGGCCGGCGCCACGGUGGCGCCACAGGCUUCACGGAGCAGCCUCUCUGUGCUGCUCCUGCCUCUGUCCGACCAGGCAAGCGCCGCCGGCCCGCCGCCGCCUGCAGCCUGCUGCUGCUGGGUGCAGGGCGCUCCUCGCCAAGCGCCGCCGCUGGGCGCUCCGCGCUGCCGCCGGUGCUGGCCCCCGCAGCCUGCUCGGCCGCCGGCGCUGGCCGCCCUGCCUCCUGCCCUGCGCCCCUGCCCGUGCCCGCGCUCGUUGCGCGCUAGGCUGCAGCCGCUGUGGCGCUGCCCCUGCCAGUGCCGGCCGUCGUUGCCGCGCGCCCACGCCACCGCCGGCCGCCGCUGGGGUCGGGGGCUCCUAGGGUUACCAGCGAAUGGACAAUAGCUCCUAGGGUUACCAGCGAAUGGACAAUGGAGGAUUGGAGGUGGAGGAAGCUUGGGGGCGGCUUGGGCUGAGGCCUGAGGGGAGGUGGGAGUGGGAGGAGUAUGGGCCGGCUCAGAAGGUUGGACAGUGGGCUAAUUGAGCCCAAGUUGCGAAAUAGAGCUGAAAAGCCUAUUCUAGAUUGUAUUUUUUUUCAUUUUAUGAUACAUAUACAUAGCAUAUACUAUAUGUAUAAAUUUUUUUGCCAAAAAUUUUGGGUAUUCAACUGAAUACCCAUGAAUACACGUGGGGCCCACCCCUGGUACAUGGAGCGUUGGAAAGAAGAAUUCCUGUAUAUAUUUUUCA